GCCUGUAAGAAGGCCCUGUCGCUUCCUGGGCAACCGGGGCGGGAUUCGGUCCCUCGGCCGUCGGGGCCGCCGCCUCCGCGAGGCUGAGGGGAAUGAUUUGCAGAAAAGACCAGAGCAAUAACUAUUUCCUCACUGUAUGUCCAGUUCUUUACCCAUGGCAUACAGUGUUCCACUGCACCUGAGAUUUGGAGAGAAGCAAUAACCUCAGAGACCUUGCACCAUUAUGGCAACAAGCUACACACCUCCAUUUGAUGAUCCUGGGGAGGUGAGAGAGGGCUUUCUAUGCCCCCUGUGUCUGAAGGACCUACAGUCAUUUCAUCAGCUCCAAUCUCAUUAUGAGGAACAUUCAAGUGAAGACAAAGAUGUUAAAGGACAACUAAAGAAUCUUGUUCAAAAAGCAAAAAAAGCAAAGAAUAAACUCUUGAAACGAGAUUAUGACCAAAGUGAUGGGGGGUCUCAAGAACGAUAUGAAUCUUACAGCUAUGGUGGAGUGGAUCCGCGUAUGUGGGAACCCCAAGAAUUAGGUGCUAUAAGGAGUCAUCUUUCUGAUUUUAAGAAACACAGAGCAGCCAGAAUUGAUCACUAUGUUGUGGAAGUCAAUAAAUUAAUAAUCAGGUUAGAAAAGCUUACUUCCUUUGACAGAACAAUUACAGAUUCUGCAAAGAUAAGAGUAAUAGAGAAAUCUGUUGUGCCUUGGGUUAAUGAUCAAGAUGUGCCAUUUUGUCCAGACUGCGGCAACAAGUUUAGCAUACGGAACAGGCGCCAUCACUGCCGCCUCUGUGGGUCCAUCAUGUGUAAGAAGUGCAUGGAACUGGUCAGCCUCCCCUUUGCAAGCAAACUUACCACUGCUAGCAAGGAAGUCUUGGCCUCUCACACUAGCCCCAGCUGCUCACCCAAUAGCAUCCAGGGCUCUCGACGAGGGAGCAUCAGUAGCAUAAGCAGUGUCAGUUCUGUCUUGGAUGAGAAGGAUGAUGAUCGAAUCCGUUGCUGUAGACACUGUAAAGAUACACUGCUCAAAAGGGAACAACAGAUUGAUGAAAGGGAGUACAUACCAGAUAUUGUGAAACUAUAUGAGAAACUCCGACUUUGCAUGGAAAAAGUUGACCCGAAGGCCCAGGAAUACAUAAAGAUGGCAGAAUCAUUAAAUGCUGGAGAGGCAACAUACAGUCUUGAACAUGCUAACAAUCUUAGGAUGGAAGUGCAGAGAAUGUAUGAAUUAAUAGAUGCCUUAAGCAAGAAGAUUCUGACUUUAGGGUUGAAUGAAGAUCCACAACCUCAUCCCAGAACUUUACAGCUUCAGAGGAUGAUCAGAUAUUCAGCCACACUUUUUGUUCAGGAAAAAUUGCUUGGCCUAAUGUCUUUACCGACCAAAGACCAAUAUGAAGAACUGAAAGAUAAAAAGAAACAAGAAUUGGAAAGAAAACUGCAAAUGGAGAGACAGGAAACCCAGAGACGACUAGAAGAGAAGCCAGCUGUCCACACUUCCAGAUCCUUAGCAGCAUCCAAUGGUGAGGUACCCCAAACAAAAAGGGUUGCAGUCAAGAAAACUGAAGGAUGGCUACCCACUGCUAGCAUAUCUCGGAACCAGGAACUUGCAGACCCACUUCUUCAACAGAUCAAUAAUAUCACAUCCUAUAUUAAGCAGGCAGAGGAAGCAAAUCGUUUAGAUGAAGUCCAGAUGCUGCAAGAGAACCUGCGACAACUUCAGGAUGAGUAUGAUCAACAGCAAAUUGUCAAAGGCAUGGAGCUUUCUAAAAAGCAGGCUGAGAUGGAGGAAAUGCAAAGAGAACAAUUGCAGAUCCUUUGUGAAAAAGAAUGGAAAAGAGAUCAUAAAAAAAGGAUGUCUCAACAUUCACGGACACGUUCUCUGGAUUUCAGAGAAGUGAAGCAUGAUAAACUUGAGAUUGAGAAGGAAAGCAUAAACCAAAUAGCACAGGCUUUGGAUCUAGAUAUGGUUCAGAACAAAUACUCUGGCUCCAAGGCCCCUUCCCCAAGUGAUGGUGACAGAUUUCCAGAUAAUGAGAAUCUGGUUUUGGUUUGCCAACCUCUAAGAGCCUCAGAGCAUGAGAAAACCUCCAUAAAACCUUUUGAAGAUACUUUACUAAUCAGCCCUCCAAAGGGUGACCCUGAUAGUCCCUUUGCUGAAAACUCUGCAGUGGCUUCCUUGCCUACCAAUGCCUUGCACAGUUAUAAAAGAGAUUACAAUCCAUUUGAUGAGGAGGAGGAGGAGGAUUGUCAGCAAGCAAAUGGGAUAGCUGUCAGUGCUCCAAAUCCAUUUGAAGAUGCUGCUGGAAAUCCACUUUAUACACCUGUAGGAAAUCAAGAAUCUGGGAAUCCAUUUGAAGAAUCAUUGUCUUCCUCUUUGAAUCCUUUUGAAGUUGAGAGUGAUAAUGAAGUUUCAGGAGAAGAUAUCAUAGAAGAAGAAUUACUUCUCCAACAGAUCGAUAAUAUCAAAGCUUAUAUUUUUGAUGCCAAACAAAGUGGACGAAUGGAUGAGAUAGAAAUAUUGACUGAGAAUUUAAAAGAACUUAAGAGCACACUUGCAAAACAGAAGGAGAAAUUGAGCUGCUGAACUAGAAACUAUAUCCACAGUUUUGCAGAUCCAGAGUGAGGAAAGGUCAAGGUAAAAUGAGAAAUACAUUGCAAAGGCGUUCAGAAGCUGAACCAAGCUUAGGCACUUUGGUAUAGGAAUUUCCACUAUUCAAAUCUGCAAAUAAAGUCAACACUAUUUAAAAAGUUAUAAUUACCUGAAACUGUUCUUCAAACACUGGAAAAUGUAUUUAAAACUUAACCAUAAUCCAUGUUGUGUCCCAACCCUAAUUUUAGAGCAUAAUUGUAUUUCUCAGCACCUGCAUUAUCUCUGAUGUAAAAUUCAAAAAGGGAAAAGGGGGUUUUAAAAUGCAGGAAAUUAUUUGCAGUCCUCAGACUUCUAAAUUGAUUUUCUGUCAGCAGGUAGGGUUGUACAUGCUUCAAAAAUAAUUUAGAAGUGCUUGAAACCACCUCUGGGCUCCCCAUUAAAGCAGCAGUAACUUUUCUCAGAAUUGUGCAGCAGCCUGAAAAAGGUUUUGCUGCUUUAAAGGAGCUUGGUGCUUACGUGAGUCCAGAGCAUUUCCUCAGAAUCCUUUUUGAAGCUUGCACAGCCUGGUUAACAAGGAAAUUAAUAUUGUCUUACAAAUUUUCAGUGGGAUUCAACUGGUAUCCUGCCAUCUUUAUAUUUUGGGGAAGCAGAAAGAGAGAAAAUAACUCAUUGUUCAAUAGAAGGAAGCCUUUCAUUGGUAAAGCAACAGUAGUUAGAAUUCAUCUCUGUUGAGCAUUAAACAAAGUAUUGAAUUCAUCAAAAGAGAGUAAUUGCCAGAUAUGCUCAGAGGAAGUAUUAAAAAGCAGGUUGCUGAAAUAUUCUGAUCUACAGAGUAUAAAGGCCAAUGAUCUGUUUGUGCAAUACAAAAGAUAACCUAAAGUCAUGCCUAACUGGACAUAAUGUAUUCCUUUUCUUUCUUUUACCUGUUCUUCAGGUGAUUAAACUAUUUAUUUUAAUAGCUUUUUCCAGCUAAUUCUGGACUAUACCUUUUGUAAGGAUGUUGAAAAUUUGUCACUCUCCCAAAACAACACAAUUUUCAGGCUUGUAGAAAUGUCAUAAUAGGUAAACUGCUUUCUGCUUGCAGAAAUUAGGAGAUUUGCAUCCAGGAGAACUGCUUUAAAGAGAGCCAUCCUGGCUGUCCACUUGAUCAGAGCAUCAAUUAAAAACUAGAAGAUCCUGUCCAUGUUUCUUCCUAACUUUAUCUCUGUCUAGGAUUGAAGGAAAUUUUCAGUCUAGAAUUGAAGAGAAAAAAUACUCUUAUAAAUCCUGAGUACAAGAAAGACCCAAAUGAACACAUUUCAGGGAAAGAAAAAGAACAGUGUUGAUGUAUUGGCACAAUUUGUUGUUUGGAGGAUUUGUGCAAUCCCUGUUAUACUAAAUGGAGGCUAUGAAAUUCUUAGGGUUGAGCUAUUCAUUUGUAAAAGUGAAAGAUUUUUUUCUUUUAUUGAUCUGCCAGCAGUGAACAGAAAUGUUUAGGGACUGUUAAAUAAUUUCUGAUUUCAGUUGUACUGAAUGAAUUUUAUUUGGUUGCAUUUAAUUAUUUUGGGGACUUAAACCAAUUUUAAUUGUUUACACAGGAAGGACUUACUUGGAGAGUAUUAUGGAUUUAUGGGAAUGGGAAGAAGGCUCAAGUAUUAAUCAUCAAUCUGAUUUUGGAAACUAUUCCGAUUUAGAAAUGUUGGCACAGAUGAUACUGUAUGCAGUAUAGGUGGACACUAAAUGUUACAUUCCUCAAAGAUUAGGGGUAGUAAGGUCAAAAACUAAGGCAGCACUUUACACAUUAAGCAUUAUGUAUUACAUGUUAAUCAUUUUCCAUUUUUAGCAGGGAAAAACUAGCUUAACUUUGAUUUCAUGCAUUAUAACUCAGCUGAACUCAGUGGCAGCUUGUUUUAAUGAACUCCAAGUUCCUGUAGAAACUGACCUGAACACUGCACACAGGGCUAUAUUCAAAGGAUACUUUUUAUGGGUUUAAUUUUUUUAAAAAAUGGGAGCAUCUGGAAAUGAACUUGUGGUGCAUUCCACAGGAUUGAAUUGGAACAUGAGCAUAAAGAAAUGAUAAAAUGUAUUAAAAAUGGAUACCUAUAAACUGAGCUAGCAGCAAAGGUGCAGGGAUUGUUUAAGGUAAAACUGUAUUUAUUAAGGACAGCAAGGCAACAAACUUGAUCUGUCACUCUGUGUAGUCCAGCCAAAAUGAAUGUUUCAGUGGCUUUUUAAAAACAUAUUUCCUUGUGACAUACACUCUGCCUUGUUUUUAUGUAUGCCAUAGUCUAAUACUUUAGAAGUAUAGUAUUGAUGUAUUUUAUUAAUAUGUUGGUUGUAGCUCUGUAACUGCAAGUGAAUGUGGAAUUAUCUCUCUUGAUAAUCCAAUGGUCGUCCCACAUUUUGUCAGCCUUCCAUUUGUGCUUCUGAACUGAUACAAUGAAAAUGAACAAGACCAUACCAUUAUGAGAUUUAACACUAAUGACAUUUGUUUGUACAUUUGCAUGCACUAGUUUGUAAACUUUCUGAUGAAAUAAAGUAAGAUUUUUGUUUCUGUGA